GAAGAGGAAGGACGAAAAAAAUGAAAAAACAAGGGAUGCUGGAAUGUAUUGAAUGUCACUUAGCUACCGAUCGCGUCGUGGAGGAUCCCAAGCCACUGUAGUCUGUGUUACCGUGGUGGUGUUUACUCGUGGGGACGCGAGGUAACGGAUCUGCAGCCACGGGGAUCAAGCCACGAUCCUUCCGUUAGACUUCUGCUGCUGAGGCCAGUGCUGUCCACUUCCAACAUGCUGCGGCGCCGGAGGCUCUGACAGGAGGAGGAGGGGGUGCCGGCAGGGCAGCGGUACACCGUGGCGGGCGGCUGCGUGUGCGCGAGGAGUGGUAGUGGUGGGGGGUCACGGUUGGUGCCGGCGGGCUGGCGUGAAACCGUGUCCCUUGCAUCGGGUAGCAGUGGCUCGGAAGCGGCGGGUCCCACGCCGGUGCUGUUACGGGUCUGGAGAGGGGUGCAUGCACUAGCCAUGGCAUUCCUGGAUGCUGGGCCACGGCUACUGGACUGGGCGAGCUCGCCACCGCAUCUGCAGUUCAACAGGUUUGUGCUGAGCGGUUACCGGCCAGUGUCGGGGGUGCUGGAAUGCGUGAGGAGUCUCUUCUACCUGCAUAAUGAGUUGGGCAACAUCUACACCCAUGGGGUCCCGCUGCUUUGCUUCAUAUUCUUGUUACCGCUUAAUAUUCCCUGGUCUCAGAUCAAUGUUAAGUGGCUGGCAGUGGUUCAUUACCUGGCAUGUAUCUCUCCGCAGCUUGGAAGUGUCUUGUACCACUUGUUCAUGAACCACGAGGGAGGAGCCCCUGUCUACCACACCCUGCUAACCCUUGAUAUGUGUGGAAUCUGCUUGGUGAACACUCUUGGUGCGUUGCCCAUUAUUUACUGCACAUUGGUGUGUUACCCAGUCAUUCGGACAGUUGCUUUGCUAACUUACAGCAUUGUGUCAUCCUAUGCAAUCUACCGCGCAAUCACUGCCAGGAGCAACAUCACACGACUGCAGUCAUUUGCCUGGCAGGCUUUCUUCAGGUUCCUGUUCUUCUACCUUCGCUGGCUGGACGUGGGAACGGGUAGCCCUACCUCACUGUUCUCCUUCCUUGUCAUGGACGCUGUGGCAUUGGUUGGUGGCAUUAUAAAUGUUGCCCGUGUCCCAGAACGUUGGAAACCGGGCAAGUUUGACUACUGGUUCAACAGUCAUCAGAUCAUGCAUGUCCUGGUCGUGGUCAGUAUCAUGUACCUACACUGGGGUGUCACGGCCGACUUGAUUUGGAUCAGCAACUAUAAAUGCCCUUCAGAAUGACUCUUGUUUUCCAUCAACGUUCUUCUCAUACUAGUAGUUCUGUACUUUUGUUGAGGCAGAAUUAGAGAACUUAAGGGCAUUAUGUUGGUCACAGUUAAAACACUCAAAAUAUUUCUGUUUCCAACACCAGAGCAAGGAGGUGUACAUUCAGAGUCUAUAUAUUUCUAACUAUAGAUGUGCAAUACUCUUAAUUUUAAGGGCUUAAAAGUUUUAAAACAAAGUAAUACGUACAAACUCAGGCGACUUAUGAAUAACGCACUAGAAACUUGGUGUCUAGAGAAGAACUCACACAUGCACAAAUGUUCACGUAACUAGCAAAUUGUCCAUCUUAACUUGCUUCGUUUAGCACUUAUAUGUAUGUACAGGGGUGGGAGUGAAUUCUGAUGCUAUUUUUACUUUGGUGUUACGCUGAUUCUUUUAUGGUCUCCCAAGAAAAAAUAAAUUACUGUAACUGAUUUCUUGCCUCUCAACUGCAAGCAUAGGCCAUCACUAUUUGUCCUGAAAUGGAAUUCUUGGAAGGAGCCAGUUGAUUCUACUUCUGCUGUUUGUGUGCGUGCCAUUGCUGCAAAUAGAUUACAUUGAAAAAACACUUUUUAUAAUCUUUGAGAUUGCCCUUUUCCUGACUGUUAUGCAGCUGUGGAGUUAGUAAGGGGAUAUGUAGGGCUCAUUACCCACAAGGGGGUGCAAGGUGGGCAUCCCCCCUUCAAAUGUGUUUCUUUAUCACUGAAAGUUGUUUUCAGUGAUAUGAUUUUGGAAUAACGCUGAUAUUACUGUGUACGGGUCAAUACAAAUCCAUCGUAGGAAGGGAAGGUCAGCUACCAGAGAGUAUUUGAACAUGAUGACAAAAUAGUGGGAUCUGGCUUGUGGUAGUUUAGAUAUAACUUUACAUUCUGCUUAUAGGUUCAGCUUCAUGUACAAGCUGGUCAAACAAAAUGUCCCUUGGACUAGAUACAUUGGAGAGAUACUCUUUCUUUCUAGUAGACGCUUUUUAAAACAUUUUCUGUAUUACACGUAGAUUGUAUUUAUUUUGUUUGUUUCUUGUCUUGGUAUUUUCCUUGUUUUUGCUUACUGGGCACUUACUCAGAACCAAAUAUA